UGGGUCUCUUAUUUUUUAAACUGAAACAGGAAGUACAUCAUAUCGUAUUUAGUUUUGCUUUGUACCUUCACACCGUCGUUCAAACCAAGGUCUUUCUAGGAUCUCAUGGCAGACCUCGGUAUCAAAAGUGGGGACACGGUGCUGUUAGUGUGGGCUCAGCCCUCAUCGCCUGUGGCUUUAAAAGACUUUGCAGAGGAAGUUGGCGCGGUGGUUGGUGCAGAUGGCAGAGUGUCAGUGGAGAACAUGGAGCGACUUUUGCUGUCUGCCCACGCAGCUUCCAGCUUCGACUUUGUGCUGUCGAGUCUGCUGGCUGAUGGCGCGUCUAUCCACAGCUCUGACUGUCUGGCAGAGAUGGCCAGAGUGCUGAAACCUGGUGGGAAGCUAAUUCUGGAUGAACCUGUCACAGAAGUAAAUGUACACAACAUAAGGAGUGAAGAGAAGCUGACGUCUGCUCUCAAGUUAUCAGGCUUAAUGUCGGUCGCACAGGUGAAUAAAGCACAACUGAGUCCAGAGGCUUUGAAUGCCCUUCAGACAUCUGCUGGUUACCAUGGCAACACAUUGUCGAAAGUACGCAUAUCUGCAACCAAACCAAACUUUGAGGUUGGUUCGACUACUUCAAUCAAGCUGUCUUUCGGGAAAAGGACUUCUCAGCCAGCAGAGAAACCCCCUCUGGAUCCCAACACUGUGAAAAUGUGGACGCUGUCAGCCAAUGACAUGAAUGACGGCGAUGUGGAUCUAGUAGACUCUGAUGCUCUGCUCGAUGAGGAGGAUUUCAAGAAGCCUGACCCGGCAUCGCUCAAAGCUCCCACAUGUGGGGAAGGAGCUGGCAAGAAGAAGAAAGCCUGCAAGAACUGUACUUGUGGUCUCGCUGAGGAACUGGAUCAAGACAAUAAAGGACAACCGAAGACCAAUCUGCCGAAGUCUGCCUGUGGAAGCAAAUUACCUCCUCUCUUGACUUCUUCGACCCCUCCCUGGACUUCACCAUGUUGCAAAUACACCAUUGACCAUCUACAAGAAGCUGAGCGUCACAGUCUUUUUCAAUCAGUUCAAUUGUUGCUCGUUAUGGUUCUAAUCACAUCUACAGGUGUUUUCAACACCUGAUUGAAAAGACCUUAUUUAAAUUCUGUUCUUAAGAGUUAUGAUCUUCAAGGGGUUGAAUAAUUUUGUCAAAGAGAUAUUAAGAAAAAUGUACUUUUUUGGUAUUUUGUAAAAUACAGUGUUACAAUUUAAGUUGCAUUUGUCUAUUUGACACAUCUUUAUUUGAUAUGACUAUAAACCAAAUACGGAAUAAAUGUCCAACUUGCUAAAAAAACAAAAUAUGUGAGGGUCGAAUAAUUUUGAUCACAACUGUAUUUUCUAUUGAUGAUGUUUUUAUGUCUUUAAACACUAAAAUAUUUUCUUCAAA